AUGCAGACUUUGAAUUCGGAACCGAUCGUUGAAUAUUUGGAGAAAUACGCUGUCGCGCCAUCGCCGAGCAGGGAUUAUUACGGGAUUAAAGUUUUAAAGGAUCAGGUGACCGACGAAAAUCUGAAAUAUCAGUUCACCGAUCGUGAUCGUCUGCUUCAACACGUGAGGGAUAUCGUUCAGGGCAAAGAAGGAUCUUUGCUAACGCUGCCGAAGAAUUUGAUCAAGAAAAUCACCGUAUAUUUGGGACUCAAGGAUGUUUUAAACUUGGCCAAGGUUUCGAGGAUGGCUAACGAGGUAUUCGACGGGGAUGGAGUCUGGGAAGUUUUGUACAAACGGCACAAAAUGGGCCUUGUCUGCAGGGACGAGAGGGAACAGGGUUCGUCUCACGGUUGGAAGAAACUUUUCAAAGAACGGCAGCUGCACAAACCUGCGAGGGAUCGGAAGGUAAAAAUUAAAAAAACCUUCCAGCGAUCAUCGCCUCCUCAGCCAACCAAUUGGGGCAAAGUUAACGAGGCCUUCGACAGUUGGAGUUGA